UACCAGCUGCUGUUGUAGUUAAUGAUCAUCUAAGUGUAUGGACUAGGGAGCGAGGGGCGGGAAUUCUCUGUCUCUUCCCAAGAUUCCCCUCUGGCCAGAACCACAGACACGUUGGGUCCAGGAGGCUGAACUCAUAGAGGGUAACGGUGAUGUUGGUAUCAGCUCUGAGACGUUGGGGUGGUGGUGUUCGUGCAGGGGCCACAGUGACACAACAGAGACAUGUUCAUGAUCCGCCCCUCAGAAUCCACCCCAGAGUACAGGAGGCACUGGCCGCAGGGAAGCCGGUGGUGGCCCUGGAGAGCACCAUUAUUACGCAUGGAAUGCCGUAUCCCCAUAAUAUAAGAAUGGCACAAGAAGUGGAAGAAAUCGUUCAGACCAAUGGGUCAGUGCCAGCCACAGUGGGUAUCUUGCAGGGCAGACUUCAUGUUGGUCUCUGUGAUGAGGAGCUGCAGUUUCUGGCACAAAGCAAAGACUGUGUUAAAGUGUCACGAAGGGACCUGCCUUAUGUUCUAAGCCAGGGUCUCUCUGGAGGCAGCACAGUAUCUGGGACUAUGAUAGCGGCACAUCGAGCUGGAAUCCCCGUGUUUGUGACUGGAGGGAUCGGAGGGGUUCAUCACGAAGGAGAGAAGACCAUGGACAUCAGCGCCGAUCUAACAGAACUGGGCAGGACACCGGUUGCCGUGGUAUCCGCAGGAGUGAAAUCCAUCCUGGACAUUGGCCGGACCCUGGAAUAUCUGGAAACAGAAGGGGUUUGUGUUUCCACCUUUGGAGACUCUACCGAUUUCCCAGCCUUUUUCACUCCAAAGAGCGGAUUCAAGGCUCCGUGUCAUGUCCGGGAUGAGGUGGAAGCAGCAAAGCUUAUUGCUUCCUCAUUGGAGCUCAGGCUCAGCAGCGCAGUCUUAAUUGCAGUUCCCAUCCCUGCAGAGCAUGCGGCGUCGGGGAAUGUCAUAGAGGAAGCAGUUCAGCAGGCUCUGCGGGAAGCCAGGCUUCAGGGGGUGCAAGGAAAAGAAGUGACCCCGUUCCUGCUGAAGAGAGUGAAUGAGCUGACGGGAGGGAAGUCCCUGGAGUCCAAUAUUGCGCUCAUAAAGAAUAAUGCCAAGGUGGGCAGCAGAAUUGCCGUUGCACUCAGCAACCUGAGGAAUCCCAAGGGCGGUGUGAGGAAGCAGGCAGGUACCCCGGGCACAGAGAAGGAGCCCGCUAUAGAUUCCAGGCCAGUUGUGAUUGGGGGCAUCAAUGUGGACUUUAUAGCCAAGGCAGCCCAUGACUCUAUGGUGUUUGGAGGACAGACGAACCCCGGGCAGGUUCACCAGUCUUUUGGAGGGGUGGGUCGGAAUCUUGCAGACUGCCUGUGUCGGCUGGGGGCCAAGCCCAUCUUUAUCUCUGCACUGGGGCAGGACGAACAUGCAAACUCUGUGAUGCGCUACUGCUCCCACAUGGACAUGGGCCGAGUUGCCCGGCUAAAAGGCCAAAAUACCGCCACUUACUGCGCAGUGAUCAGCGGGAGCGGUGAGCUGAGCCUCGGACUCGGAGACAUGGAUAUCCACCAGCAAAUAACGGAAAACUAUGUGUCUCAGUUUGCAGACUGUAUCCGCAGGGCCAAGCUGGUGUGUAUCGACGGAAACAUUCCCAUGCCAACCAUCCAGUACGUGUGUGAGCUCAGCAGGCUACACGGGGUGUCAGUUUGCUUUGAACCGACAGAUGAGGACAAAUCCUGCAAACCUUUCCUCUCUGACAGCUGGACAGCCCUGACCUUCAUCUCCCCAAACCUCAAAGAGCUGAUUGGUAUCAACAGGACCCUCGGGUACCCCGUGCCUCAAGAAAUUCCCCGUUCCCUAGAUGACAUCAUCGAUGUGGCGAUUACUCUCUCGUUGCCGCUUCUGGAACACUUGCGGUGUGUGAUAGUGACACUUGGCGCUAACGGAGUCCUAUUGUGCGGCCACUCGAACAGAGGAACUUUGUUACUUGGCCUUAAAACAAAAAUCCCUACAGGAGAACUGAGUGCAGUAUAUUACCCAGCAGCCCCUAUUCCUGCAAAGGAUAUCAUCAAUGUAUCUGGUGCCGGCGACAGCUUCAUGGCUGGGCUCCUGUCCGGGGUUCUUACAGAGUUGGACACAGAUACAUGUGUGAGGAUGGGGCUCCUGGCUGCUCGUCUCUCCCUCCGAUCCCAAGGGCCCAUCUCACCCUUCAUCUCUGCAACCAGAGUCAACCCACAGCAAGUGGAAAGCAUAGACUGGCCAGCACCCAAACAGUGGCCCAUUGGCCCAUUGCUCACCAGCAGUAGCCAUCAGUCCAAAUCCUAGGGGGCACUUGUUUAGGGGGGGAUACAUUCAAAGUGUUACCCUUUAAGAUUGAAAAGCAAUAUGGCAGCCCCAUACCCACAUGUAUCAGAUCCACAAGGACUCAUAUUAAGUCAAGUAUAUUUUCCAUUGAAUGUACCUUCUAUGUUCAAUGCAUCGAUGACGUCCUCAUACCUUGGGCCAAUGACUUUAUCUCUCCUUCCCUAUGACGUGACCAUUUGAUUGUUAGCUCUGCGGGCUAGAGAAUAAUUGAGUAUGGAAAUUCCACAAUGGUGAAAGAUGAACAGAAAUAAAACAUGAAUUUGUGA